GAACCUAGCCAGCAACGUGUGGCUGAAAAGUCCGGUCACGUGCGCGUUUGCGACGACUCGUUCAACAAAGUUCACACUUCACGUUGCGCUGCUCGCUCCUUACCUUCACUUCACUUCACCGGUUUGUAUAGAACCCGCCGUACAAGGGCCUCAUUCUUCACAACCGUCUUGCCACGCUAUAUAGAGCUGCAUCUGUGCCAACUUGCGCCGUUCACACAACAUUACCUUUCGCAGUCUACCUCCAGAAUGUCGCUCUGCCAAACCCGGCUCUCCGAAGAGCGGAAGCAGUGGCGGCGCGAUCAUCCCUUCGGCUUCUUCGCGAAACCCAGUCGCAACGCCCAAGGCGUCAUGGAUCUCAAAAGAUGGGAAUGCGGUGUUCCUGGCAAGGAAAAGACAAUAUGGGAGGGAGGGCUGUUCAAGCUUGAGGUGACCUUCCCUGACGAGUAUCCUACCAAGCCGCCGAAAUGCAAAUUCGUUCCGCCUCUCUUCCACCCAAACGUCUACCCCUCCGGCACCGUCUGCCUCUCGAUCCUCAACGAAGAGGAAGGCUGGAAACCCGCUAUCACAGUCAAGGAGAUUCUUCUAGGUAUCCAAUCACUUCUCGACGAGCCAAACCCCGAGUCCCCCGCCCAAGCCGACGCCUUUAACCUCUUUAAGAAGGAUAGAGCCGCCUAUGAACGAAAGAUCCGUUCGAUAGUCAAGGAGAAUCCUGCGCCUUGAGCUGGCCAGCUGCUAGUGCUACUGGGUAAAUGGAAUUCGAGAAAGCGGGAUAUUGGGCCGCGGGCCAUGGAGGGCGCGCCCCCUUGGGGACCGUUGAGACGCUAUGGCAAAUAAUCGGAUAUGUAUACUGAGUUCCUCUCUUCUAUGAGUUUUGAAAGCAUGGCGCGGAGCACCGGGAUUUCUUGGGAGUUCAGGCGCCUACGUCGACUUCUUUCAUUAGUCUCUUUGCAGGGGUUUGCCUCGGAUUUUUCGGGACUACUUUUGGGCUGGAAUAGAUCUCUGGGUCUUCGGAUUCUGACAAGGGUUUACCUGUGUCGAGGUUAAAGCGUGACGUGCGGUUUCGUGCGGUUUCGGGGGUGGCUCGCGUACGAACUGCAUCAGAUAGACCUCGAAAAUGAAGAAUGAUGCCAAAGUAU